AUGGAUCCGUCGUCCUUUGAGGUCGUCAAGGCCCGGUGGCUCGGAAGCUUCGACUUCGUCCAGACCGGCAUGCGCGACGCGGGCUGCAGCGCGUACUCUCUGACGGUGGGGUUGGCCUUCAUAUCUCUAGCAAUGGGUGGACGUUUUUGGUGUCGCUCUUUCCAGGCCUUUGGGGACAUGUCCGACGAGGCCUUGGCGGCUAUGGGCUACAAGGCCGAGACCCUGGCGACGGGUAACUGCGAUGUUCAACGCCUGCUGGCAGACUUGGUGGCGAACCCGGCUGGAGCGGGGCUGCUGUACGAGACCACCUCAGGCGAUGUCACCCUCACCACACGGACCUCCGUGAAGUUCUUCGCAGAGUUGCUACGGGAUCAGAUUCUGGAGCGACUGGUGCGCGUCACCAACGUUGGGUCCCAAACCAACCACUGCCACCUCGUCGCUCUUGGACCCGACGGCUUCUUCCUGUGCACAUACCUGAGGAUCCUCGUCGAAGGUCUCGGCUACCGACAUGCCCUCCGGGCCAUCCACGACGCGGAUCUCGGGUUCACCGGAGCAUGUAUCGCACCCCGCUGGCGUGAUGGAAUUAUGCCGUGGACGAUGGCACCGCUCGCCGCUAAGCCGGCGGUGCUAGCUACGACAGCUACGGGGGUUCCGGGAGAGAUGCCGGCCCCACCUGCGGAUCCCGGUGUUUUCUCCCACUCCAAAACCACCGUGAGAGCUAGCGCGUGGGCCAGCUGCUGUGCCUUCGGGAAGGAGCUCGCAACCAUCACAGCAGGCAUCGACAACAUCCCUGGCAUUUCGCGCGUCCUAGACAACCUGAAGAACCAAGCGCGCCAAAUGGUCGAGGUGGAGCUGAGGUCGCAACACAACGCGGCCACGAGCCGGGUGUUCAAGGAAGUCGUUACCACGCCUAUUACCGCACCCGAAACGCCGUAA